AACACCUAGUUGAUAUUUCCAAAAUGGCUGACGUCUCGUUAGACGAUUACAUUCAGAAGAAGAAUUUCCGUGUUCAGAUCCAAAAUGACUGGAACCAAGGAGGUAACGCGGGUCUGACAACUCGAGGAGGGAACGCUGGCUUUACAACUCGAGGUGGCAAGGCUGGCUUCACAACUCGAGGUGGCAAGGCUGGCUUCACAACUCGAGGUGGCAAGGCUGGCUUCACAACUCGAGGUGGCAAAGCUGGCUUCACAACUCGAGGUGGCAAAGCUGGCUUCACAACUCGUAAGAAUCAGAACAGUCCCGGAGGAGUCAAUAGGAUUCAGCCUAAUCAGAACAGAGGCCCAUCUGUGAUGGUAACUGGACUUGGAAAUGUUAAAAGUUUUGAUGCCAGACAGAAAAUUGGACAAAAGGUUCAAUUUGAUGCCAGAGAUCGUCUUCAGAUGAAGAAGCCUGUGGAUGCCAGGAUGAAAAUAAGUGGACCUCGGGGCCAAGUAGGGGCAAAUACGAUAAAUAUCCAAGGUGGAAUAAGGCAGAGAAUAACUGGCCCAGGAGAUGGGACGAGACAAACAAUCUCAGCCCCAGGAGUAAGGCAGCAGGUUGUUGGACCAGGCAGUGGCAUCAGGCAACAAGUGUCCAGGUUAAGCACUGGCUUGGGGCAACAACUGACCAGGCCAGGAAGUGGGAAAAUGGAAGAACGUACCUUGACUGUUAAACUUGGUGAGCUGGGAAAUGAUGCCAGGAAGAAGAUAAUUGCACUCAAAACAAAUAAAGGAACAUAUGACGCCAGGUCACGGAUUGCCAUCAGUCCACCCAAUCAGCAACAGCAAGUUACCAUCACUGGAAUUGGGAAGGUCUCACAGGGUGCCGAGGGAACAUUCAUGAGAACUGCCAACAGUGCAGGUUCCCAUCAGAUUCAGAAGACUGGACUGAUUACUCGAACUCUGAACAACACACCAUCACAGUCCAGUGAAAGCGGAAUAGCAUCAAGGAUUCAGUUGACCAAUGGUGGACUACAGGUGACGCGAGCUAUCCCAUCAGCCACUGUGUCAUUUGAAGGCAGCAUGCUGACUGUUACAAAGAGAACACAACAGUACCAGCAGGAAGAGGAACCGCCUCAGAGUGAAACCCAGGACAAUCAGUAUUCACAAUACAAUGAAAUGGACAGUUUUGAAGAUGAAAAUGAUUUAAAUUUGGGAAGUUACUCCGAAGAAAUUAAGCCACAGCUCCUACAAAUUAAAAAGACAAUCAGAACUACUCCAUUCCCCGUAGAAAGUGCGCCAAAAAGUGUGCCGGCAAUGUCGACAUUAAAAAGGAAGGCUCCUCAACCAGCAAAGGUUCAGUCAAGUGGUCCUCUGAAGUUUGUGAAGCCACCGGGAGGCCCUCACAUUCCUAUUAUUGUGCCACCAAAGAAAGCCAAGAUGACUGCUCCUGUAGCUAAACCCAUCGUCAAGCAGACCAAGGUUCAGGUGAAGGAGCCUGUAGAAGAGGAAGAGGAAACGACUCAAGACAUCCUUAGUCCACUGCAAGGCUAUCGAGUGUAUGUUACUAACCUUCACCCAGUCGUCAACCAAGAUGAUAUCAUUGAGUUGUUUGGCGCAAUUGGUGCUCUUCGUAAAGCCAAGCUGAUAAAACAGGGGACUGCGGAGGUUGUGUAUGUGAAGAAGGAUGAUUCCCUCAAGGCUGUACAGAAAUAUCACAACAGGGAGUUGGAUGGUCUGCCAAUGCAGGUGAAGCUGCUGACUUCUACCACAGCAACGGUGAAAGUUCCAGCACCAGCGCCAGUUGAGGCAGAUGACAAUGCAGAUGCUUCAAAACAAGGGCCUCUCAAGUUGUUGAAACAGGCAUCUUCAGCAUCUUCCAUCCUGCGUGCCCAAGCGGAGGCGGAGUCUGCAGUGGAACCAUCUCUUGUACACAGGGCUCUGUUUAAGCUUGGAGCACAGGGCUCCAAGCCUGUUACCUUCACGGUCAAGAUCUAGAACUACAUCAGUUGUGUCCCUUGCUCAUUGUUUUGAAAUGAUAAGCAUCCUUCUCAUCCAGUGUAUCUACCAUAGAGAGAUGAACCUUGUACUGGUUCAGUAAUCAUUCACACGUGACCAUGAACACAUGAAGGUGGACCUUUGCAGUGUCAUUGACACCGAGUGACAGUCUUCUGAAGUACCGUUCUGUGUAGUUCUGUGUUGACAACCCUUCUGAACAGCCUCGGAGAACUCAUACCCAUAACAUACCAGACUGAUUAGGAGUUUAAACUGAUUAGUGCUUCCUGGUGAAACUAGUCAUCAAUGGACAUCACAAGUCAAUUAGACCAUCAUUAUUUAAUUUGCAGAGACAAGUAAGUCUUAAUUGUAAAUUUUCUAUUUUCUGUUGAGAUUAUUGUUGAUGGGUAAUUCUCAGUUUAUUAAACUUUAUUGGACUAAAUAUGUCUCCGAUCUAGAUCUGUUUAGUUUAUAUUAUUGAAGAGAUCAUCUCAUCCAUCCAGGAAUGUUUUUGUGAAAUGUCAUCUCACAUCAUGUCUGAGAAAUGAAAACUACAAAAUACCUUACGUGUCGGAGAGCAAAGGAUUUGUAUAUGGUUCUGGGGUUAGACUGACAUUGAGGUGGAUCUCAGCAUGUGUUAUGUGUCAUGACAUUUUAGAGUUAUCAAUAUGUCAAUAUAUUGAUACUGUUUGCAUCAACGAUAUGUUCAUGUAUAUGUUUUGCAACUGUUUAAAUACCAAUGUAAUGCAUUGGAGAUGAAUGUACAUGUAUUUUACAUUAUCAAAGGUUGGUGCUUUUUUAAAUACACAUCUUAUGAUGUUGACAAACAAUGUCUUGUCAUAAACUUUUGAUGUAAAAAAGUAUUUUCGUAAGUUUGAAUUAUUCUCCGGCAUGUGUUAGAGCUGAAGGACCUUGAAAAUAUUUCCCUUAAAUUUAUUUCUUCAUGAACCCUCAUUUGUAUAUGUGAAGUGAUCAUAACACGACAUUUGUAACAUAGUUCCUUGAAGUUUGUUGAAUCACCUCUGUACAAUGUUGAAUAUAAAGCAUAUGGCCCCAUUUUUGACAUGUUGAAUAUGAAGCAUAUGGCCCCAUUUUUGACAUGUUGAAUAUGAAGCAUAAGGCCCCAUUUUUGACAUGUGGAAUAUGAAGCAUAUAGCCCAAUUUUUGACAUGUUGAAUAUGAAGCAUAAGGCCCCAUUUUUGACAUGUGGAAUAUGAAGCAUAUAGCCCAAUUUUUGACAUGUUGAAUAUGAAGCAUAUAGCCCAAUUUUUGACAUGUUGAAUAUGAAGCAUAUAGCCCAAUUUUUGACAUGUUGAAUAUGAAGCAUAUGGCCCCAUUUUUGACAUGUUGAAUAUGAGGCAUAUAGAUUAGUUCUAACAUUGUUGAAUGUGAAGUAUGUAGCCUAAUUCUAAUUCUGACAUUUAAAAGAAUGCACAGAGCCUAAUUCCAACAAGGCUUUAAAGGAUGCAUACUGUCCCCAUUAAACAAUGUUUCAUGUGUACAGGCUGGUCGACAAGGCCAGGAGAUAUGUUUGAUGAGAGAUCUCAUCUCACACUGCAGCAAGAGAUGUUCAUUAUAUUGGCUGAUGAACUGGUCCAUAUUAUAUGGCCUGAACUACACUCAGUCAUUGUUGAUACAGCAGUACUUAAAGAAGAGGUUUCACGAUAGCAUUAAGGGUAAUACCAAGUCCCUUAGACCACUUCCCCUUCCUGUGUUUGAAUGAGAAUAGUGUGAAUGCUGUGUUGAGGACGUGUUAUCUGUGAUUCCAUGUUCAUGGGGAGCCCAGGGCCAUCUACAACAUAAUAUCUCGAGAAGGUAAUACAAGUCUUCCUUGUGGAAUCUUUGGAAGAAGAGCAUGAGGACUGUUAUCAUGAUGACACUGCCUCUGGUGUGACCUCGACACAUUGCUAGUAUUGGCAGGCAGUGUGCUUGUAUAUAGAUGAGCUGUUGGUCCACACAGGUUUGAGGUUAGACUAUCUGCUUGGUUUGUGAAGGUAUGUCUGGUGUCGUUGUUGUGUCAUGCCAAUGUUCAACAACCAAUGGCUAUUGAAUAAAUUUUGUCAAUAC